AUGGGGAAACCAAGUAAGCGAGACGAGCCUCACCACGCCGUACACGGCCACGUCACCCCGGGCCUGCUCGCGUCGCUCGACAUACCUUUCCAGCCGCUCCCCGACUACCACGAGGGCGCGGUGCAGGCGCUCGAAAUGGCACGCAAGCACAUGAUCAGGCGGAAGGAAAUGACCAAGUACCUCUUUGUCGCGAGCUUGACGGGUUGUGUCAUCUUUCUGCAUGGAGUUUGUGGGGCUGGUCUUGGCAUGCACAAAGCAGUGGGGAAACUGCUCAGCAAUACGUUAAUCUUUUCACAUAUACGCGUGGUGUUUCCAACUGCACCAGUGGGGAAAUAUACACCAAUUGGCGCUACUAUACGGUCUGAAGACGAACGGAGUAUUGGUGAAUCAUCGAUCUUCCUCACACGGCUGAUAGAUGCACAGGUCACGGCAGGAAUACCUAAACAUCGCAUCAUCGUAGGUGGAUUCUCAAUGGGUGGCAGUAUGGCUAUGCAUUUGGCUUACUGUUACCAUCCUAACGUUGCCGGGGUGUUUUCACUGUCAAGCUUCCAUAGUAAUGAAUCUACGGUGUAA